AUGGUUGGUAAAUGUUCAUGCCCUCCACGAUGGAGGGGAGCCUUGCAAUGCGCCUUCUUUGUUACCCUUGCCUUCCUGGCUGUCCAGGCAGCGGAACGUCCCUCUGCUGCGGUGCAUACAACAAAGCCGCACCGGGAGGUGGACCUACAUCCCCUUCAAGGGAGUGUCCCUCAUGGUUCAAAUUAUUCGCUUGCUACAGACGUUGCGCAGUCCCAACCGCAACCAACACCAGCGCACAAGGGAAGUGCUCCAGCUGCGACUUCCUCGUUGACUCUUCAAGACAGAAACGGACCAGAAUUGGCAGCAGGUACGGGCCCUCGUCUACUGCAGUCUCAAGAUGAGGAAGACAGGCAGACCUCAACACAGGAUGUGGAGACCGUCUGCUUUUCACGAAAUCUCGAUGGAAUCUUAGACCCCAACACAGGAGAGUUCAUAGAUCAGGGCCGCUCGGCCGAAGAGUUAUUGGCAGAAAUGAAGGCAAAGAGCCUUGCACCUGGCCGCGAGGCAGCUAUGGAUGCUUUCGCAUCGAUGGUUGAAGAGGGAGACAUCAACUCUUCGAUGAUUGCCAAGUUCUUUCCCCUCUUGGCUGUGGUGUUCCUUCUCGUCGCCGGGCUCAUCGUGUUUCUCCUAUUCUGUUGUAUUGGGCCAUUGGUUUGCUGUCCAUGUUGCCGUUGCUGUUGUUGUUGUGUCCGCCGGAGGGCUCACUCGAAGAGCGGCCGAAUUCCAUGUUACUUGAUUUUCGGCUUGAUAGUGGCGCUGCUGUCCCUGGCCAUGGCAGUAGCGGCGUAUCGAUGUGGCAGGAAGGCACUUAAUGAAGCAACUGCAGUGGUCUGUGCAGGAGGGCGAUCGGUAGAUGCCGCCGUGUACGGUACACGCACUAGAAAUGGAAUGUCAGAAACAGCACAAGGAGGGGGCUUGGGCUUCGCGGGCAUCAAAAAUCUUGUGGAUGAUACCCGACAGUUGGCACGUGCAGCUGAUGGAAGCAAUCCAAAUAACGUUGUUAACCAGGUAAAGGAGGAAAUUCUGGGGGCUUUGAACAUAGAGCAGCAGAAAAAACUGUUCCAGGAUGCAAAGGCUGCUGCGACAGGAAACAUAGAAGCAGCCCAGGAUGUUGCCAAAAAGGCAUCCCAUAUUAACAUCUUUGUGGAAGAACAAUCUGCUUCCCUUCUUGGAAAGUUGAAAAUAAUCGAAAACCAUUUGGGCAACAUAGAUACAACUAGUCCUAUCCUCGAAGCUUUCCAGGAUAUUGAACUGCCUCCAGCGGAUCUUGCCGGAUUUUCUGAUGCGGACACGGUAGUGAACAUGGUGUCCGACAUGGCGGCUUCUUUUGGGAGUGCUUCACUUUCAUUGACGAGUAUCAUAGACACUAUGGAUUUCGUCUUCUUAUGUGUCAGCACCUUGUCAGGAGCAUUGGUGGUUAUGGCUGUGUUUACGCUCAUCUGGCAGCUUUUCAGGCCGAAUCGGUGCGCCAGAAGAACUGUGGGAGCCUUGGCAAUUCUGAUGACAAUCUUGUCAGUGGUCAUUUGUGUCACGGUAGCUGUGACUUUUCUCGUGCACAAAGUCGUAACUCCCGUGUGCGAUUAUGCUGCUGUACGCUUUAUCGAUAUAAAUGCUGAUCAUGUCUUUGCCAAAUAUUAUGGAGAAGAUAGUGCAUUUUUCCAGAGUCUCAGCAUCUGCUUGUCAGAGACUGGAAGCGGCGACCUUCUUCAGGAGGAGGAUGGGACGAGUCGAAUCGACCCGAUUUUGGGAAGACUGGAGGAGGCAAAACAGGAAAUAUGCGAACAAAUCCCAGCUCCUCCCAAAGUGGACUACCUCGAUAUGGGGAAUUUCAAUGAUGAUGCGAGGCUGCAGAGUUGGGCCGUAGUUUUGGGAAAUAGGUCGGCAUUCAAUACAUUCCCACAAGUGCAAGCUAGCGGUAUUCAAGAACCGGAUUCUCAAGUUCCUGUACGCCAGCUCCAAGCCAGGAAAACCAUCUAUGGUUUGGGAACUGUCAGGGAGUUGGUCCAGCCAUGGCAAGUUGCGAUUAGCGACGCAGCAAAUCCGGGAACCCUGACAAUCACAAGCCAGGCUCCAUCACCAGCGAAUCUUGAAAGCUGGUUCCAAGAGUGCUCGCGGAAUAACGGGACAAACUGUGAAAAAAUAAAGGAUGCAGUGUCGCUUUUGAAGGUGAAAAUUGGACUGAUGGUAUCUAAGACGACCUGCUUUCUGAGUAGCACAGGCUCCCAGGGGAGGCCUUGUUCGGUUACACAGCUGAUGGGAGGUAUUGGUGGAUCGCCUGUACUACAGAAUGCUCUGGACAAUUCCGUAGCUGACGUCGUUGAUGCAGGCAGCAUAGCAAAGAAUAAGAUCAAUUCUUUGAGCGACCAAGUCCUGAAAAUCAAGCAGGGGAGCAACUGCAAAUUUGCGCGGGAUCGAUUUAUCCGAAUAACAAACCAUCUUUGUUACGGUACCGUCGAUGGACUGGGUUCCGGCUCCUUUUUGUAUUUUGUCUUGGCCAUAGUUAUGUUAUUGUUUGCAUUGCUGUUGCUGAUCCUUAUCGUUGAAGACCGCGACAACGAACGAUAUCCAGACCCGCGAUAUACACCCGCAGCAGACGGUGCAGCUGAACCUGCAGGAGGAUCAUCUGAAGCUUCUGUCUCCGCUCCACAAGAUGAUGGGAAGGAAACAGAAGACAGUAACGCUAUUCAAGCCCACGAUGGAGACGGGGAUAUCCAGGAUGAGCCUUCAAAAUUGCCGCAGGCGGAAGCGCCUACAGACAGUGUAAAUUUAAUACAUAUGCAUCGUAGUGAAGGUGUUCUCGCAGGAGCGACACCGGAUGGAAUUGCUCGCCGUUUGGCGUCGAUCCCUUGA